AUGACGGUCCGCCAACGAGACCCUCUGCUUUACCCAGGGGAAGUUCUCGAAACCGUAGCCGGAUUCCCCACAUUAUAUCAUUACCAGGCGAGCCAAAAACAACACGAUCAUCACACAAAGCUCAACCCACUGGUGGUGUGCAUACCCGGGUCUAUGCAUUUAAGCCGAAUUUUCUACGGCGGACACAAAGGAUCAAACCCAAGAGACUUUCUGGCAUACCAGCUUAGCAAGCUCCAUUUUGACGUGCUGUCACUCUCAUAUCCGCUCGAAACAGAUCCGGAAAUUAUGCCGACCACCGGUGCAAACUUUCGAAUUCAAGAUUGGGGCCGUCAAGCAGCAGCAACAGUAAAGAAGAUCAUGGAAGAGAAGGAUCUAACGACACGAUCUAUUAUUUUGAUCGCGUGGAGCAUGGCCGGCCGAAUGAUAGUUCCGUUCAAUGUCUCAGCUAAAGAACUGGGCUUGGAUGUCCAGCAAUUCAUAAGUUUUGCCGCCACGCCUGGCAUCUCAAGUAUUCGGACACCGACGCCGGGUAUGGCAUGCAGCGAGGCAGGAUACUUCUGCAUCCCUGAUCGACUGGAUAAUUUCUAUCAACAAGUAAAAGUCAUGGAGAAAUUGAAUGGUGGUCAAACGCCUAUCCCCAAGGAAAUCUUCUUACGUGAAUAUGUUGGUGGGACACCGAUCAAUUUGACAGGCGUGCGGUUGAAAUACGAUGGAAAGGGAGCUUUUAUUCAAGAUGAACUGACUCAUGAAGAGGAUACGAAGGUCUUUGAUGUGGCCAAUCUCCCUUUUAUAACGGCUCUUUACCCGACGGACAUCCUUGAUGCUAGUCAUGCGUUAACGGAUCGGGCAAGCUGGGGCUUCUUGAUGAGCUAUCAACUGGAAGCCAUGAUUGGAAAACAGGGGCUACAGAAGGUCAAAGGAACAGCUAAGUGGCAGGAGUUGAUUGAUUUUGUUCAUGCUGCUCCAGAGCGUCUCUGUUAUCCGGCCCCGGGUAGUCAUUUCUUCUUUGUUGGAGAGACGUCUGCUAGUGAGGUGGCAGCAAAGGUUGUCACGCUGAUAUCUGUUGCAAAUGAAUUCAAGAAGGAGCUGUCUCUGAUUAUAUCGUAG